GCCUGCCUUGCUUUCUCGCCGGAGCCAUUCAACAGCUGGCCUCACCCGCAGCAGUCACAGAGAGCGACCAGGAGCAUUGAUGGUUGACACUGCGGCGCCUGGAGGGAGGUGGCUGCAGGAGCAGUGGCGGUUCCGCUAUCCCAGAGGAGCCAAGCGUGGAGUGUCCCCACCUUAGGAUGCCACAGCACAGUGCUCAUCAUGAAGACUUCCCAUGAAUCGUGGCCUUUGUGAUAGUUCCUUCUUUGACACAUUUCCCACAUAAGGUGGUGUGAGGACACCAUGACAGUCACAGUGGUUUAUGAUAACUCUGAGGCAACAGAGCUCUGUGCUGCUCAGCACCUCUACCUCAAGCCUAUAGCAAAAUUAAUGAUCAACGUAUUGCUCCCAGAAUGUAUAGAACCCGUGAGGCCGUUCUCUAACUGGGAAGUUCUUGACCAACUGAAAAGUCUCAUUUGCCCUGACCAGUUCACCACAGUGCGACUCUCCAAGAGUACAAAAGACUUCAUCCGAUUUGAGGGUGAGGCUGAAACCCGAAGUUUGGUUCAGAUCCUGAAAGCAAAGUUACAUGGGAAGAUCAUCAAGCUAAAUGGUUUGAAAACUGACUUAAAAGUAGUGGCUACAGAUGCCCAGGGAGAGUGGGAACACUUCCCUAAAGAGAAAGAGGCCUUAGUGACUGCUGGUGCUGAAGAACAUGACCUUGGUAAGAGCCCAGAUUCCAUCUAUUUUGAAGGCUUGCCCUGUAAAUGGUUUGCUCCUAAAGGUUCCAGUGGAGAGAAGCCAUGUGAAGAGAUCCUUCGAGUAGUCUUUGAGAGUUUUGGGAAGAUCAAGAAUGUGGAUAUCCCCAUGCUUGACCCCUACAGAGAAGUGAUGACAGGUGGGAGCUUUGGGGGUUUUAACUUUGGCUUGCAAACAUUUGAAGCCUUUAUCCAAUAUCAGGAGUCAACUGACUUUAUAAAGGCCAUGGAAUCCCUUCGAGGAAUGAAGCUUAUGCUUAAAGGAGAUGAUGGCAAGGCUUUGGCAUGUAACAUUAAGGUUAUGUUUGAUACAACCCAGCAUUUCAGUGAAGGAGCUAUCCAGAGGAGGAAUCAGGAAAGGUUAAAAUUACAAGAGCUGGAGGAAGAGAGGAAAAAGGAAAAGAAGAGAGAAGAGGAAGUAGCUGAAAGAAAAAGAAAAGACGAAGUAAGAAAAGCCCAAGAGAAGAGAAAGAAGGCUAGGGACAGGAGGCGAGCUCUGAAGGAAAGAGACAGACACCGGCAAAGAAAGGAGAAGGUGAAAGCCAAGGCUGAGGCUACUCAGGAGCUGGACUCUACAGAGGAGUGGGAAGAGAGGAAGUACUUGCUGGCUCAGAGGCGGGUUGAGGCCCUUCGUUUGCUCCGGGUACUCCUGAAGAAAAUUGCAGUUUGGAUGAAAAGGGAGAAGAAUCUUGAGCCUUGUCAGGCUCAUAUUAGCCUUGUCCUGAACUAUCUGGGAUCCACACAGUGUAACCCACAGGAGGUUGAUGCUAUGAAGCCUGAAGCUCAUCACACCCCAGAAGCUGCAUCGAAACCUCCAGACAAAGAAGAAUUAAACACACCACAACUUCUAGAUCAGGAAGAAACACCAAGUAACCAGGCUCCCAAGUCUGACAGUAAACAAAAACAAAAAGCGAAGAAAAGAAUGAAAGCCCCAUUACAGAAAUCUUCACAUAGACCUGGUAUGAAACAAGUAAGAUAUUCAACUAGAAAAGAGGAAACUAGAAAAGGGUUAACUGAUAGGUGUGACUACAGUGUGGUAUCUGACCAGAAUUCCUUGCAGAGUACAAUGAAUCCAGACCAGUCCCUUGAAAAAGAAGAUCUUGGAAGUUCUAAUGCAUCACAUUCUUCUAGAAAAGUUGUGAUAAACCAUGGCAGGAAACAGAAGAUCUAUGAAACAGAUGAAUUUAUUGACUAUCUAUUAAACUAUUAUCAGACUCCAGAAUAUGCCCGAUUCUGCCUCGAAACGAAUCACCUAACAAGCACAUGUCAGUGGCAAAGAGAUGUCUACGCUACAGGGGAUGGGUUUCAGGUCAAUUUGAGGAAGCACAGGAGCCACUCAACCAGUCUGAGUGAAGUGGAGAUCCUGGAAGGGAAAGAACAGUAUCAAGAGCAGGAUUGGCCAAACAUGUAUAUAAAGGCUCCUGAGAGCAAGUCAGAAAAGACAGAGAAGUUCAGUUAUGCCAAAGAAUUUACCAAGAAACUUAAAAACCAUUACAAGGACAUAGCAAGUGAAACUGAAGAUCACCUGUCCCCAACUGAUGGAGAAAACUAUCCAGUGGAAAAGAUUCACAGCCACCGAGAUUCUCAACACAUAAGAAAAAGUCCAGUUUCUUCAUCGUUAAGGUCAGUAGAUACAGGUUUGCCAUUGGCGGACUUCUUGGAGGAAAUUAGUAGUGAUUCUGAAUGCUUCAGUGAAACUCUUAGCAUAAAUGAAGAGGAGGAAGAAAGGUCUGUGGCUGUCUAUAAUAGCUCCCCUGAAAAAAGACCUCUUGGUACUGACAAAAUUGUUACUUGCAAACAGAAAACUAGGUCAAGUCAGCAGACCUUGUAUUCAGAGUGGAAACAUGACACUGAGGAAAAAUACUCUAAACACAAGGUUAGGGCACCAGGUAAAAGGUCCAAGUAUGAACUGAGAUAUUCGUGGCUUAAGGAUGAAUGUGCUUCCAUUCAAGUUGACAGGAACAUAAGCAAAAGUAGAGAAAAAAUAGCCCCCAAAUACAUGCUUGAUGAAGGCUACUACCACGAAUCCAGUUCCAGUGAUGAAUUAGAGAACAUCACAAGAAAGAGGAGGAGAGUUACUGGCACUAUGUUUGGCCAGAAUCUGAAAUAUAGACCCUUUCAUAUGCCGUUAAUGCCACCGAAACGUGCUAGAGCUUUCUAUUUGGGAUAUUUCUCCAGAAAAAGGCAGAAUCCUUGGAAGUCAGAAUAUAACCAGGAUGUAAGAAGGUUUAAAAGAUAUGAAAGUUCUGAAGAUUACAUGCUUGAUUCUGGUAAUUAUUAUGUUAGUCAUGAUGACAGCCAGGCGCACAUUGAGUAUGGAAGCUACUUAGGAGACAGCUACUCUGGUUCUUUGUAUUUUAAAAUGUUCUGAUGGUCACUUUGAUCAGGAACACCUUUAUUUACAGGAAACAACUGACGAAAAGAAAAACUUCAAACCAAAUAUAGCUAUGUUGUUAGCAACCACAGAGCAAGAACUAGAAGAGGGUCAAGUGCAAAAGCUUGUUCCUCUUGCCAAAGUUUCAAGUGUAAAUCAAAAUGACUGCAGGUAUACAUACCAGCAAGGAAAUAGAAAACCUAUAGCUUCUGAAGCUUGGUGACACAAUGUAAUUGCAAAACUUCAUGGUUCAAGGACAGAUUUUAUUUUAAGCUUUAAUUUGGUGCCAGUAAAGGUGCAGACUAGCAAGCAUUAAGAAGGUUGACUUAUCCUUCUAUGGCACUUUUGCUGUCAUAACAUCUUGCAUCAUCUAUCUUCAAAGAGGACAAUAGUGGACAAAAAGGCAUCUUUUGAUGUGUUCUUAGAUUUGGUCAGAAACACUAUAUAUGGUAACAAACUUUCCUGAAUUUUACUUCAUAGUAAUUCUAGAUAAAGGAGAGAUCCAGAGGCUAGAACCUAUACUAGGUUUCAUGGCUUUAGAAUUUCAUGAAUACCCACCAGAAGGAAAUGAAUAUAUUCAUAGUACUCAAAAGAAGAAUCUAAAAGGGGCCUAUUGCCCUUUGAUAGUUAAAUAGAUGGGACCAUUAGAAUUCUUCUUGCUUGUUUUAUGAACCCCAUCACUUUCCAUACAAAAAAGCUCCAGGAU